UCAAGUCUCACCUAUAUAUAUAUCUGCCCCCACUAGCUCAUCUAUACAAAAUAACUAUUCAAUUCAUAUUUUCCUUGGCAGCUAAGUGCUAAACUAUAGGAGUCAACAGUUGUUCAAAAGAAUUAUAUAUAUCCUAAUCGGUGAAGCUAAAACCAAGAAGAAGAAGAGAAAAUCAUGGUGUGUUUCUGUUUUCUGGUUGAUCAGACGAAGGAGGUGAGCAAAAGUAAGCCGGCGGCAGGGUUUUGCUCGAGGUGCGGUGGAGGGGCCAGUGUGGCCGAUAUGAAGACUCGUACCAGGUUUUGCUACGUUCCGUUUUACUGGAAAUCUUGGAAGGCGAUCGUGUGCACUUUUUGUGGAGCCAUUCUUCGAUCUUACCGUUGAAUUCAUGGUAUGAGUAGUAAUACAGUAAGGGUUUAGCAGAAAAUUAAGUGGGAGAUGGAUGAUAAGAUGUAUGAUCUUCAUUCUUUAAUAAUCAAGUUUCACACAAGAAAAAGAUUCAAAUGUUCCUUCUCAUGUUUGUGUUAGCGUCGUUAAGACUUAAGGUUUCAAAUUAAUUAUCAAUGAACAGACAAAAGGCCAGUUGAUUCAUUGGAUGGAA